AUGGCAUUCGGUAUACUUGAGGACAAAACGGUUGGAUUACAGGUCCCUGGCACGGUGGUCCUGAGCGAAGAAGAGGUACUUGACACGGAUAUAAACCGUCCUGUUGAUAACAUCCAUCUGAAGCGUUCCACAUGCGACAAGGAUAUCAUUCUCAACCCACAGCCUUCAGAUGAUCCAAAGGAUCCUUUGAACUGGCCGAGGUGGAAAAAAGAAUGUCAAUUUUGGAGCCUCUGCUUAGCAGCUGGCCUAGCAGGAUCCGUUCCUCACUUGCUUAACGCUGGUUUUAAAGAUAUCGCGACUGAAUGGGGUGUCCCCGUUAACGCAGUAGCAGAAACAAGUGCAGAUUUGUCUCUGGCUUCCGGGAUAUUUACCCUUGUUCAAGGUUCUUUGGCUAUCAAGUUCGGUCGUCGUCCUGUUUUCUUGUUUGCUUCAGCAUGUCAAUUCUUCACAUGUACGUCUUUAUCGUCGGUCUUCAUCAUGGUGUUGUGCAUGAAUCUACUGGACUUCUUCAAUAUUUGUGGCUCAAUAGGUGUUUGGGCGGCAACAUCUACAAAUAUUACCUCACUCAAGCUGGCUCGUGUCUUCCAAGGCUUCGGAAUGGCGCCAUACUUUGCUCUCGCCGCAGCCAGCAUAGGCGAUAUAUUCUUUGUCCAUGAAAGAGGAAAGCGGGUAGCGAUUUGGAACUUUGCUAUCGGAGGUGGAGUCACUAUAACGCCCAUUGUCGAUGGUCCGGUGAUUAGCACCCUUGGAUGGAGAUGGACAUUCUGGAUUAUUCUGGUCAUGUUCGGGAUCAGCCUCCUUAGCACGAUAUUUCUUAUGCCUGAAACGAUGGUGAAGAUAUUUACUUACCAAUACGCUAAGUCACUGCUUAUCAUAUUCUUGUUCAAACAGUACGACUGCAGAAGCGCAUGCUGUGGUGAUUGCACCGAUGAUACCACAAAUAUUGUCGAAGUAGAGAAGACCUCCCACUCACGGAAGGGCGACAUUGCCAACGAGGUAGUCCACGUCGAAGAAACUGAUACGAUGCCGUCCAUGGACAUUAGCGUGCAAGAAACCGGCCAGAGAAUUCCGAGAGCGAAGACGUUUCUUGAAGAACUUAAGCCAUGGAGCUACUCAAGUGACAUAACCUUUACAAAGUCUUUGCUUAGACCGCUUCCUUUCGCGCUUAGCCCUGCGGUGUGGUUCGCGUUCUUUGCUUAUGGCUGUACGGCUCUCUGGCUUGUCGUUAUCUCUGUCAUCUACUCGUUAGUAUUCGGCAGUGCACCAUACUUCUUCGACUCUAAAAUAGUCGGCUUGAUCUCCAUCGGGCCUUUCAUCAGAUCAAUCAUCGGUACUGCCGCAGCGGGACCACUAUCCGACUGGUCUGUUAAAUGGGCUGCAAGGCGAAACAAAGGCGUCUACGAACCGGAGUUUCGCCUGUUCCUUCUUUUUCCGAUGUUCGUGUUGGAUGUCGCUGGAUGUGUAGGAUGGGCUAUCAUGCAGCCGAAAGGCCUUCCUUGGAUUGGGCCAGUGGUAAUGUACUCCAUGAUUAGUAGUGGACAAUGCAUAGGCGCAACUGCAAUCUGCAGCUAUCUCAUAGACGUGCAUCGCACUAACUCACCCGAGUGCUUCGCCCUCGUGAACUUUGCAAAGGGCAUGCUCCUGUAUGCAGUCACACUUUUCGUCAAUGGAUGGGUUGUUGACUUGGGCGUUCUCCGCAUUCCCAUUGAUGUACAUCUUCGGGAAAAAAUCACGAAGUUUCGGCGCAAGGCACCCCAGGCUGUUCUUGACAACGAAUUGAAGGCGUUUGUUUCUAUCCGAUCCAGGUCAAGGAGGAUAUCGGUGCAGCGGAUGGAUGAAUCAAUAUUGAUAUCAUAUCAAUUCUGGACGGACCUGAUCUUGGAAUAG